AUGAAAUCGGCCACCUUCCGUGGGCUGCGACAGCUGCUGUGGCCCAAAGGCAACAGCAGUUCAGACGCUCCCCGACAGCUGCGGCCAACAGCCUACCUUGAUGGCUUGAGAGGGUUCGCGGCAUUCUUGGUCUACAUUCAUCACCACCAACUAUGGGCGCACGACUUGAGGGCUUAUGUGGUCUUUGAGAAUGCGUACGGGUACGACAAUGAAUAUCACCUCGCGACCUUGCCCGGGAUUCGGAAUUUUUUCACUGGCGGCCACAUGGCCGUGGGGAUUUUCUAUAUUAUCUCCGGUUACGUCCUUUCCGUCAAGCCGCUGUCCUUGAUUCAUGCUGGCGAACACUUGAAGCUCUUCGACAACAUCGCCUCGGCCUUCUUUCGACGAUGGUUCCGGCUCUAUAUUCCAAUCAUGGUGACGACGUUGGUGUCUGCCGUGUCUUGGCAUCUCUUCGGUAACGUUAUCUGGAACCCAACAUGGGAGGGCAAGUCGACAAUCGCCGAAGAACUCUGGAAUUGGUACAUGGAGAUCAAGAACUUCAGCUUCAUCUACAAGGAGGGUUGGCCGUGGGUUAGUUACAACACCCACCUGUGGUCCAUCCCGCUGGAAAUGCGAGGGUCUCUCAUCACAUACACCGCUUGCAUCGCGCUGGCGCGAGCUUCACACCAGGCCCGGUUGCUCUGCCUGCUCGCGCUUACCUAUUACUUCCUCUACGUAGUCGACGGGUACUACUGCGCACUGUUCACGGCGGGUAUGAUCCAUUGUGAUCUCGACCUGCUUGCGAAGAGGGAAGGCGGCUACUUCCCUCGAUGGCUCCGCCGGUUAGAGCCGUACAAGGUCCCAAUCUUCUACACCCUUUUUGUCUUCGGCAUGUACCUCGGCGGCGUGCCCUCCCACACUCAGGACCUUGAGGACUUGCGCAAAAGCCCCGGCUGGUACUACCUAUCCUUCCUCAAGCCGCAAGCCGUCUUCGACUACAAAUGGUUCUACCUUUUCUUUGCGGGCAACAUGAUCGUCGCCUGCAUCCCGCGCAUGCCCUGGCUCAAGCGCUUCUUCGAGUCGCGUUUCUGCCAGUUCCUCGGCCGGGUCGCCUUCUCCCUCUAUCUCGUCCACGGUCCCAUCCUUGCUACCGUCGGCGAUCGCCUCUACUACAUGGUCGGUUGGAUUCGCGACGCCGCGGAUAAACACGAGCGGGUCGCUCACUGGGCGAACUUGUUCCCGCUACCCAAGACCGGGCCGAUGGGGUUGGAGUUGGGGUUCUUGCUGCCGAAUAUAAUCUUGCUCCCGUUCACGCUGUGGGUUGCAGAUGUGGUAACGAGGGGCGUGGACGAGCCGGCUGUGAAGAUCGCGGCGAAGUUGUAUAAGCUUGUGCAGUCAGGUGAAGAGCAAGAGCAGCAGCAGAGGCCGAUGACACUGGCCCCUUUGACGCGCGUCGAUUAA